UCGCGGAUAAAGCCUUGUUUUAGCUAAACCCGACACCAUUUUAGCGAAGAGAGACAGUUUGGCGCGUCCGGUGGACACGGCCCGGGCGACCGGAGGAGUGUUCUCAGGAGCCCCGGACGAUCUUCUCCUCGAAGCGAAGCGAGUUGAGGAAUUAACGGCCGAGCUAAUUCUAUAAAUGUCGGAUUUCAUUAUUUGUCGGCCUACCGAGCAGUGGCGGCGGCGGCGGGGGCGAGAGGGACGCGACGAGAGGAGAGGAGGAGACGGGGUCCACUAGGAGAGGAGGGUGCAUACACAAAAUACUUUCCCUUUAAAGCGGAGAGGGACAGAGGGGGUGAAGAAGAGAUAAAAAAAGAAAAGGAAGAAAGACAGAGAGGGAGGGAGGGCGAGGGAGAGCGAGAGAGAGGGAGCGAGGGGUUUGAAAAAAAGAGAAAGAUGUCAUCCUGUCGAUCGAAACACCGAGGCGGAGCCAUGGACCACGGCCGACCGGGAGCGCUCUAGUUAGGGGACGAGCUGUACGCAACGCCGAGGCUUGGAACCCGACGCUGCGGCCUUUUUCGGAGCUAUCGCAAAAAUAAAUGACUCCUGAACAGCUGCUGACUAUGAUUAGCACGUUUCGACUUCUCGUCCAUCUUCUGUAUAAAAAUAAUCUCUAUUUUGCAUGCAAUUCACCAGAUUUUAUUACAGUAGACAUAAGCAAAUUAUAUUAAAGAAAUGCACCAUUAAAGCAAGCAUGAUACCAACCAUUUUGUCGCAUUUACAAAAGCAUCUUGUCAGUGCCUGUAUAUCGCCAAAAGAUAUUAAUUCAGAACUAAUAGCAGCUUAAUCACUAAUAAGUGUUAGGUGAUUUAAGCUAAAUAUCGUCCGGUGUCAUUAUAUAUUUCCAUUAAUUAACCCGGGCAGGUAGAGGAGAGCUGCCAUACAGGCCGCGGGUUGUGUUUUCAUAGCAGCAGUUGGAGCAUUUCUUCCCGGGCUCCGUCGCCCUCCUCCCUCCCCUUCUCUUUGGUCCCCAGCCUGGUUAGCUUUGACUCCUUCAGGAUGGACACCUCCUGGAGUAAUUUCCUCUUUCAGACGCCGCCGACUCAGAGCCAACCGGAGACUCCUCUCCAGUCGGAGCUGCUGCCCGAGCUGACGGGCUCGGCUCAGAGUCCUCCAGCAGAGCACAUCGUGGCGCCGCCGUCCACCGUCGACACCGCCGCCCUGAGCGAGGAGCCGCUACCUGUCAAACCUCUCACCAAACCGAGCCGGCCGGCCCACAUCUGCGCCACCUGCAACAAGGAGUUCAAGAACAGCUACAACCUGCGGCGGCACCAGUCGGUUCACACGGGCAUCAAGCUGAAGGACCGCGCCGCCCGGGAGAAGGAGGACGGAGCGAAGGGGGGACGGGUGGAGAAGCAGACGGUGCCCCUCUCCCUCCUCCACCUCACCCUGCCCCCUCAGCCUCAGCCGCCUCCUCCUCCUCCCCCACCGACCGCCGCCGCUGCCCCGGAGAACACCCUCCCCCAGCCCGGCCAGCACGCCAACCAGGAGGGCCAGCCGGUCUCUGUGUCCAUCGCCCCGGCAACCGUAACCAUGGCUGCACCGCCGCAGCCCAUCCAAGCAGCUGUUGUUGUUGUUGGGUCCAUGGAGCAGAAUCCAAAUCCCAACCCACCCAACACUAACCAGGUGAGGAAGAACCACGCCUGCGAGGCCUGCGGGAAGGCCUUCAGAGACGUCUACCACCUCAACCGACACCGGCUGUCCCACUCAGACGAGAAGCCCUACUCCUGCCCCAUCUGCCAGCAGCGCUUCAAGAGGAAAGACAGGAUGAGUUACCACGUUCGCUCGCACCAGGGCGGCGUGGAGAAACCGUACGUCUGUCCGCACUGCGCCAAGGCCUUCUCCAGACCAGACCACCUCAACAGUCACGUUCGACAGGUGCACUCUACAGAGAGACCGUUCAAGUGCACGACGUGCACGUCGGCGUUCGCCACGCGGGAUCGUCUCCGAGCUCACCUGAUCCGUCACGAGGAGAAGGUGCCGUGCCACAUCUGUGGGAAGCUGCUGUCCGCCGCCUACAUCACCGACCACAUGAGGGUCCACAACCAGUCGCAGCACCACGCCUGUCACCUCUGCAACCGCAGCUUCACCACCCUCACCUACCUGCGUGUCCACGCUCAGAAACACCACGGUCAGGAGUGGAAGGAGAGCGGUGGGGCUCGGGGAGGUUUCGGUGGGACGGGGGCCGGCGGCGUGCUGCUCUGCCAGCUGUGCGGGGUGCAGUGUAAGACGGCCACGCAGCUCCAGGGUCACAUGGGCACGCACGCCAACCAGGCCAACCCCAGCCCCGACCCGACGAGCACGGGCCCCGUGGGCACCACCAGCGUGGCUGUCACUGUGUCCAGCGCUACCACGGUGGGACUGCUGGUAACUGACUGCUCCAGUAUCGCCCCCCAGCCUCACAGCUAGCACGCUGGGGAGGGCGAGGGGGGAGCUGGGGGUGGGACGGGUGGGGACAGAGGCGGGGGAGGCGGGUAAACGAGGACACGUGGAGGAGAGGACGGGAAAGACAGCAAACCAGAUUAUUCCUUCGCAGACUGCCACAGGUGGAAGGAAAUCCUCUCUCCUCCUCGGUGACGCUCGUGGUUUCAGAAAGAACCCAGCUCCAUCAGCGCUGUGAACCAGCUGACCUGCCUCCAUCACUGAGGGACUUUAAUGUAAAAGUUUCAUACUGUACCAGACGAGUCAAAGCCAGGGAACAGGGAGGAAGUGUAAUGUGUAUUUUUAUCCAUAAGGCUUUAGCAGUUAGCUGUUUCUAUUCGCCAUCAUUUCAUCGUUUUCAUUUUGCACAGCCUGUCAUUGGUUUUGUAAAGCUGUUGCUGUUUUUACAUCUUUUAUAUUCCAUGAUAUCAGUGUUUUGUUUAUGAUGAGUGAAUUGACCUUAAAGACCUCAAUAACAUGAUUUAUUAACUGAGUUUCCCCCUAAUUUAUUACAAAACAGUCUCCAAGUUUGCCUUUGUCAGACCCCUGAGAGCGGGGACAGACGGGCCAUCAUGUACAUACACUUCUCUAGAGCUGAUAAAGGCAAACUGAUAGUUGUUUGUGUAUAUUCCUCCAUGAACAUUGAAUGUGCAUAACUUCUCUGCUUCAUAUGAUCUUUGUUCUUACUCUGGAUGCUGAUUUGUAAUUCUUUGAAAAAGGUAAAAAAAAAAAAAAAAUGCCAUGUAAUUUGUAGCUACCUUGGUGACACAUUUUUCUGUGGCUGUGCAUAUUGAUUGUACUUGAUGCAUAGUGCAUAGCGCCUCGUUACUACUGUAUUAAAAGGCAGUAAAAUGCA